GAUCCUUGAUUAUUGACUAUCGAGCAACCUCAGGCACGCAAAGGGUAAUUAAUGGAUCUAUUUGUAGACCCUGGAUGUUAAUUCCCCCGCUUUGCUUUGCUUUGCUUUGCCAGUAACCUUUUGCCUCCAUGGAACUAGACCAGCCAACCACAACCCCCACCUAUUAACGAACGACUCGACAACCUAAUACUGGGACCCUUAGCAACUGACUCUCCCCCCAUAGUCUGCUCCGAACAUGAGCAGUUCACGCGAUGUAACGAGUAGACUGCGCCAGACCAUCUGGAAUGGAAGCCUUCCGCUCGAGAUUCGGCUGCACAAAGGCGACUGCAGGACGUACGAUGACUCUGAUCCAUACCUAAUCCAAUAUCCCCGACUAUCAUACCUCGGCCUGCUAAUCCACCGCCUCCGCGCUUUCUUCUCCAACAAACUCAUCUACCCAGACGUAGACGUCACCGACCUCUGGCUGGAGCACGAGGGCGUCCCCUUGAAAUGGCACUACCCCCUCGGCCUCCUCUACGACCUCUACUCUGGGAAUGAACCCGCGUACCCCAACGAUGCCACCUCCAGCAAAGUCGACACAGCAGCAGACGACCAGGUGAAUCUUCCCUGGCGGCUCACCGUCCACUUCUCAGACUACCCGGUCGAGCACCUCGUCAAGCUCGACGCGGAUGGCAAACAUCUCUACGACAUGUUCAUCAACAGUGCAAAGGAAGCAGACUACCUCCGCAACGGCACGGGCAGAACCGUAAUGUCGCUCAGCAAAGAAGACUCCACGCAGCUCUGGGACUCGGUCCAACAGCACGACUUCUCGCUCUUCGGCCCCAUCAACCAGAAGCUGCUCAACCCCCAGGGCGUCAACUUACGACACAUCCCGAUUAAGCUGUACCUACCGCACGCUACGUCGUCGUCAAAGGCAGACGCAGCGGCCAAGAGCAAAGAUAAAGCUCCCGGAUCGUUGAGGGUCGUGCAGGCACUUGUCACGCCCGCGCUUUCAUCACGACAACCGCAGACGGUGGGCACGGCGCUGAACCAGAUCAUACCAAGUUUGUUUCCCAGCCGACGGAGUCCGCUGCUCGCACAGGCGGUGCUGCACGGUGCGGUGCUGCCGCUGGCUUCUAGUGUGGAGGAUCUGCUACGGGUUGCGGCGUACAUGGACGGGUGGAUGCAUAUUGCGGUCAUCAUGAUGGCGUAAGGGGUUUCGUUAUUAUUCGUGAUUGAAGUCGUGAAUUUGAGGGCGGAGGUGGACUACUACCUAGAUAGAGGUCAUCCCGUGGGAUGACAGCGUGAAACAUAUACCUCGAUACCUUGAUAUUACAGUUG